AUGUCGCCUGCUGCUACACUCUGCAUUUCACCCGGUUCCUCACAGUCGGGAAGCGAGCAAAUAAGCUGUGCAUCGGCGGACCUGGAUCGUCGCUCUACCCUGGACCAGUGUGUGAAGAUACACACCCCUCGCUUUUCCUAUUUCUUCCCAUAUUUCCUGGAAUGAUCCCAAGCCAUGCUGCUGGGUGCUCUUCCUCCAGCACUCGUCUCACUACUUCUUGUUGCAACCGGUGCCUCUGCUGCUCCCUACAACUUCCUCAACAACUAUCGCGACCCCGUCCCGUCUCCUGAAGACGGCCCUCCUGCUGCGUACCACGCAAUUCGAAACAAGGACGUUUUACCCUACGAGAUCUGUGGUGUCGUCGGCGGUUACGUCUUGACCGUACUUGUUUGGGGGGUACUUCUCCUCACUGUCGGUAGAAGAAUGAGACGCAAAGCACUCGAUCCGCCCAUGCAACUGGAGCUUGAGCUCCAGGGCAAGCCAAUUCGACCGAGCCUCAAGACUCCUAGUCUUGCGUCGCCGCCGCUGUCGGCGCGGUCCUUUUUUAGGAGGUUCAAAAGAAAUGGCUCAUCAGAUAGUACUCCGCAGAGUCCUGAAGUUUCAUCACCAACCUCUUUUGAUCAAAAGGUAGUCGACGCCCAUCGUGAUCAGAAUCAAGCCGACAUGGAGCGUCUGUACGCCGCUGUUAUGGACUUUGACGCACAAAAGCACGCCUCAAAGGUUAGCGUAGAACAACCAGAACCAGCUCCAAUACAAACGGAGCGGAGAAGACCAUCCGCCAUCAAUGUCAACCACGCACAAAACGACAACAACGACAGCCCGGUCUCUCCCGUAAAAGCAAUCUACCCACCAAGUUACUCAGACCGACCCACCACAGCACCACUCCCCCACGACCGCCUCCGAGCCGAACAACAAGCACCCCCCAGCCCCCGUGGGAUCCUAACCAAGCGUUCCCAAGUCCUCAACCCCAACGCCUCCAGCAAAAACGCCCGCUUCAACCUCAAGAACCUCCGCAUCUCCGGGCCCAUUGCCAAAUACCCCGGCGACUCAGACGACGAAGCCCGCACCCCCUUAUCCCCACGUUUCUACACGCCCGGCGCCCCUCCCUCCCCCCCAACCCAAACCUCAUCCCCCAUCUCCCCUUACCGCGACGAAGCAAUCAACACCAUCCACCCCCUCCCCCUCGCCGCCCCCCAACGCACCGCCAAACCCAAAGCCCCCACCAGCACCCCCGCCAACCACUCCCUCCCCCUCCGUUCCUUCGCCGAACCCCUCGCCUCCCCCGGUAUCCAAACCACGGUCCUCGACCACCGCGUCGAUAAACUAUCCAUGCAAACACCCAAGACAGGUGUCCCGUUCACGCCAUACAGUCCCUACAUGCCGUUUACACCUGUUACUCCCGUUACUCCGCAUUUGACUACACGGAGGGACCGCAAGAUGGAGGCGAAGCUGGCGAAACUUGAGGGGAGGAGGAGGCAGGCUGCUAAUGAGUUGGUGCAGACGCCUAAGGAGAUAUUCGGUGAUGCUUGGUAGGGUGGGGCUGUGUAUAUGAAUGAGGAUGGAAGGCUGGGCUGGGUGGAUAAUGUGUUUUUGCAUUUGCAUUUGUUUUAGCGUUUUUUUGGUACUCCUUCCGAGGAUUGUUGUGUGUGUGUGUUGUAAACGCCGCCGGCUGGCAGGUUGAUGAUAACGGAUUUCCUUUUUUUCUCUCUAUUAUUAUGCUUCGAGUUUAUAGUUUAGCUCUUCUCUCUCUCAUGUUGAGAUUGUAUCUUUAGCUACCCUGCGUCCUGCCUAUACUGGGCGGACGAAUGGGUUUUCAGUAUAUACCUUUUUUGUGGUUUA